AUGCUUGAUAAAAUGACAAAAUGUAAGCAUUUUAUGAUUUCAGAUAAGAGUGGAAAUAACAUGAAUAAAUGUAAAUCAUCUUAAUUUCAAAAUCAGUACAAUAAAUAUUAGUCUCAAUAAUUAAGGGGAGGUGGAUGUAUAAUGUCAAGUUGUAGGUCUGGAUAACAAAAUUAAGAGCCAGAAAUGCCAAAUGAAGCUCCUUAAGUUUAAUUAGAUUUAAUUUAAACAGAAAAAUAGACAGAGUUUGAAAAAGAAUUGCCUUAAAAUUUUUCAACUGAUUUUGAUGAUUCUGUUUCAGAAAUUGAAAAAGGAUUCAGUGAUUUAUCAAAUAACUCUGUAAAAAAUAAAGUCAUUCUAAGAAUUUAAUGGUUCAGUUACAAUAAAAAUAUAUUUAAUAACAUUUCUAAUUAAUCAACGAUUAAUACGGAUUUAAAAAAUAAAAUUAAUGAUAAUCUAAAUAAGUUAUUGGAUGUACUACCUAAUUAUUUAGAUGUUUCUUGGUUUCUUUGUUAUUAAAUAGCAUAAAUAUGUAAUGAUUUAUUAAGAAUUCUUUAUUCACAUUAAUUAGAUGAUUCAAAUGAUAUAUUAGAAAAGGUCAAAAAUUUUUCUGAAUCAAUAAAAAAUGGAUCGGAUAAUAUCUGGAAAGGUGGUCUUGAAUUUGAAAAAACCUUAAUGGAAAUUAUGUUAAAUAAUUGCUCUCAUCCUGGAGAAGAACUAGAUCUUCUCAAAGAAGUAGCUAUGGAUGCUGGAAAAUCAAUUCUAAAAGGUAAAAUAACAAAAAAAUUAUUGUCGAGCCUUUAAAAAGGAGCAGAAUACUUAUUUAAAAAAGCAGCAAAGACAGUCAUAUAUCCAAUUUAAGUAUAUCAAACUUAUUAUUUAUUUUAAACAUAUAAAAUGGAGAAUUAUUGAGUAAGACUCUCAAUCAGUCUAUUCAUCAAUUUAAACUUUAAAAGGACUUUUUUAAAAAUAUAUUUAAGAAUCAAAAAAUUGGAUUUUGCAUUUUUGUUGGAUUUAGACCAUAACAGAUAUUAUUCUCUAUAGACCAAUAAUUGAAUAGGAAUAAUUAUCAAAAGACAAUCUAUAAGAGAAAAUUAUGUUUUAAAAAUUAGCAUUUGAUAAUAAAAAGGCUAUUAUCUUAUUCUUUAAUUAAGAAUCAGAUCAAAUAUUGAAUUAAAUAUAUAGCAAAUAUAGAAAGAAUGAACUUUAACUACUUUGCUAAAACAUUAUAGAUGAAUAAUUUGCUUAAAAUAAAAAAUUAUGGGAUUAUUAUUGUAAUUUUCAUUUCAUUAAUAAAUAAGAAGAUGCCGAAUAACAUAAUCUUAUUCAAGUGAAUCGGGAAUAAGAACUAUUAAAAAAAUUAUUUGAAUAAUUAAAAGCUCUUGUUAUUUAAAUCAGGCAAACAUAAAAUGAAAUUUCAGCUAACUAAGAAGUUAUACCAAAACAAUUAUUUGAAGACCAUAAAAAUAAAUUAUUUUCUAAAUUUUUUGAUUUGUGGAAAAAAGCAAUCUAUAUUAUGAAUAUAAUAAUAGAUUUUUUGAAUUUUGAUUUUGAAAAAAUUAAAUUAACUAAAAAUCAAUAAAAAUUUGAAGAUUAAUAAAAAAUUGUCCAAAAAUUUGUUCAAGAGGAAUUUCCAAACUUUUAAAGAGAUUUCUUAUAUGGUUUUUUAGAAGCUAUAUCUUAUGUAAGUAAAAUGGUAUUCUAAGAAUAGUAUGAAUUAAAAGAAAAAGAAAAACAAGAAGAUAAUGAAAUGGAUAAAUAAAAAAAUACAAAGAUUUUUUCAUUAGAUGAAAAUUAACUUUCAGAUAGCUUUGAUAAUUUUCUCAAUGCCAUUAAUCAAUUAUAAAAAGAAGUUGAUUCUCAAGAUCACAAUGAAGUGAAAAUAGAAAAUUUGAAUGAAUUUUUCAUAUAAAUUAUUUAAGGUUUUUGGAUUAGACAAAUCUAAAUAGCAUUGAAAUAAGAUUUUUAAUUAAAUGAUGAUGAGCUAAAAGAUAUUGAAAAAAUUAGAGAAUAAGUAAUUUUAUGCUAAAUUAAGAUUACUACUAUAAAUUUUCUAAGUUAAUUUAUGAAGUUCAAAUUGAGAAGAUAAAAAGGAUAAAAAGAAAAUUUUAAAUGUAUAAAGAUUAAGGGUAAUAACUAAAUAAAAUACCUGAAGAUAGUUUUAAAAAAAGGUUCAUUGGUAUAUUAAAAAAACAUAUUGAUAAUUUGACUUCCUUAAAAGUUAAUUUAGAUAAAGAUUUUAACGUAGAUGUAAUUAAGUCGAAUUUUGAAUUGAUUGAUUCAGAAAUUGAUUUUGAUAUUAAGACAAUUAAAAUAGAAAAAUAGGCAAUUUAAAGAAAAAUAUAGAAAUUAGAAAGAAAAGAAAAAGAUAAAAGUGAAUUAAAAAAUAAAUUAGCAUUUUUAAUGAAAGUAGCUUAAUUGUUGCACAAUUUUUAAGGAUUAUUUAUAAUAUUUGUAAAUCAAAUUGAGUAACCAGAUAAAAAUUUAUAAGUUUAAUCAGAUAAAAAUUGUUCAUCAGUCGAGAAAUACAAAGAAGAUUUCAAAAUGAAAAAUAACUAAUUAUUAGAUGAUUUAAAAGCUAUGAUAGAGAAAAUUGAAGGGGAAAAAGACUCGGAUAGUUAGAAUCAUGAAUUCUUAGAUUUUCAAAUAUUAUAUUGUGAUAUAUGGUCUUCUAAAUAUUAGACAAUUAAUGAUUAAAUUAAAAGUGUAAUGAAAUUUUAUUAAUCCUAUUAAAAGCUCUUAUUAAUUUAUUUGGAUUCAUUUUUUUAUUAAAUUAAUGAUUAAUCUGAAUAAAAUGAAAAGGAUGAAAAAGAUUAAUUUAUCUUAAAAAUUAAAGAGUUUAAAAACAAUAAUUUAGAAUUCGUUAAUGAUUUAGAGUAAUAAAUCGAAAUUUCAUUAAAUGAAAUAAAAAAAGAAGGAUAAAUCUAUAUUGAAAAUAACUCUACAAAAAAUUAACUUAGUUUGAUACAAUUUUUAACAUUUUUUGAAAUGGAUUAUGAAAUGGAAAAUGAAGCUGAAGAUGAAAUCAAUAUAGCUGUUUUGUAGGAAAUAAAAAAUUAGAUUCAAUAGAAAAUAAAUUUAGUAGUAGAUUUUAUUGAAGCAAAGGAUUAUAAAGUUGGAGAAUGUUUAGUUUAUAAUUUAAUUAGACUUCAAAAUAGCAAUUUAGAAGAUUAGAUUAUAAACUUUGCUUCUUAAACCAUUUAAAAAAUGUGGGUUUAUGAGAAAGAUCAAAGAGUAAGAAAUUUGCUGAAAAAUAAAGAACUAAUUGAGAUGUAAAAGUUGAUUUUUUCAAGGGAUAUUUAAACAAUGUCUGAUUAAAUUAAACAAGAAAUUUAGUAGAGAAUGUAAAAUUUAGAAAAUUUGUAAUAAUAAAUAAGACUAUAAGGAAAUUUUCAAGAAAGGGAAAAACUUUAAGAGUAACUAAGACUAUGUUAUUAAUAACUUGACGAAUCAAUUGAUAAUGUAUCUGAAAUGUCUGAUGCUAUGAAUAUAACACUCAUGUUUCUUAAAGACAUCUCUAAAGAUGUAAAAUCAAUAAAAACUUCAAUUGAUAAUUUACAAAAUAGUUUAUAAGAUAUUGGGAAUGAUAUUCGAAAACUAAGAGGAAAGAAAUAUGGUGAACUUCUUGAAAUACGGAAACAAAAGAUACUAUAUUAGGCUUAACAUUAAGAAAUAGAUUCUAUAUAUGUAAAAUUAAAAACGACAGAAAGAAAUCCUUUUGAUGGUAGCUCAAAGCCUGGGUCUUUUUUAUUACAAGAAGAUAUUAAGGAUUAUGGUGGAGAAGUUAAUGAAUUUAUAUGGCAUGAUAACAUAAAGGAUUAAGGAAAUGAAAAGGACGUUAUGUUACUUUCUGGUUUUGCAGGUUCAGGAAAGAGUAGAGCAGCUAAAAAAAUAGAAGAAUUUCUUUGGAAAUCAUAAGGCACUUAAUCUGAAUGGAUUCCAAUUUAUGUUUCUCUUCCAACAUUAAAGAAUCCAAAGUAUAAUUUAUUAGAUUAAGCUUUGGAAUCUGAAAAUUAUUAAUUUGAUAAAUAUUAAAUAAAAGAAUUCAAAGAUGCAAUUUGCAAAUAGAAAGUAAAAGUUGUUUUGAUUUUGGACAGUUAUGAUGAGAUGAAGUAAGAUUGUGUUUAAUAAAAUCUUAUUAUGACAAACAAAUUAAUAUAAGAUCUAAAUAUUUAAAAAUUUGAAAGACAACUUAAAAUAAUAAUUACAACAAGAAGAGAAAUAUUAAAUACUGAUGGUUAUGAGACAUGGUUUUACGGAGAGAGUUUGGAAACCCUAAAAGAAGUUUAAUUAUUAAACUUUGAUCAAGAUUAGUAAGAUGAAUAUCUAGAAAAGUAUUGCGAGUUAAGUAUUAAGAGAAUAAUAAAAUAAAUUUAUGAAUUUGUAAAGUAAGUUCAAGAAUAGGCCUUCGAUUUAGUAGAAUUUCUAAAAAUAUGGAGUUCAAUACUUAUUUAAGUUAAGUAGAGUUUAUCAAAUUCAAAAAAAAUUGAAUCAGAUUCAAUUUUUAAUAAUAAGGAAGAAGAGAUUAUAAUUAAAAAAAUUAAAUCAUAAUAGGUUUUUUAAUUUUUAUCUGAUGAACAAAUCACCGGAUUAAGAAAGGACCUUUUAUCUUUGUGGAGUAUAAACAAAUUUUAAAAGUCGAUAAACUCAGUUAAUAUUUAAAAUCUUUUGACCACUCCAUUUAUGUUAGAGAUUAUUGUCUAGGUUUUGCCAUCAAUGACUAAGAAAUAUCAAGGGUCAGUUAAAAUUAAAGAAAAUUUUAGAUAGAAUUAUAUAAGUAUGAACAAAAGAGCAAAAUAAUCAAGAAAUUAGAUUUAAUAAUUUCAAAAGUAAAUGGAAGAAUAAACAAAAAAAAAACAUAAUAGAUAGGAAAAAAACUAAUAAUCUGUUGUAAAAAGUUCAAAAAUUAAGAAGACUUAAAAGAAAAAAAAGAUUGAUGAUAUAAUGGAUUAACUUGAAAAUAUAUAGUUUUUUCAGAAUUUUUCAAUUGAUAGCAACAUUUAAUAUUUAGAGGAAUAUUUUAAUUCAGAAGGAUAAAAGUUAUUAUUAAACAUUAAUAAUAUUGAUAUUGUUUUAAUGGCUUUAAAAAUAAAGAAACUUACUGUUUUUGAGUUCUAUGAAAGUUUUAUUAGCUAUUAUCAUGAAUAAUAAAUUAUAAAAUAAAGAGAAUUAGGAAAAAUCUCAAAUUAUGAAAGUUUUGCUUUAGAUAUGUAUUAGUUUUCUUCAUCUUUAGCAUUAGACAUGACAAUUAGAGAUAUGUCACAAAUUAGCUAUAAAUAAAAAGGUUAAUUGCUUUUAUAAAGUAAUUUUAAAGCAACUUAAGAAGUAGACAAUUGGUUAGAUUAAUAUUUAAGUGAUUCAUAUUCUGAUAAGGAAUAUAAGAAGUUAAUAAGAAGCUGUAUUCUAUUGAGUGCUAAAGGAAGCUCUUAUUCAUUUACUCAUAAAUCUAUAUAAGAAUUUUUUGUUGCCUAAUUUAUUUAUAAUUUUUUGCUUUCUCUAGUUGAAAAUUAAAAACCAGAAAAUUUUGAUUAUGUAAAAACUUCCCUGUUUAAUUAAAAUUAUUUUAAUGUAUCACAUGAAGCAUUCAGAGGAGCCCACUAUUUCAUAAAAGAUAAAUUACUUUCUAUAGGAAAUAUAGAUUAAAAAAUGAUAGAUAUAAUAAAGUUAUCUAAAAACUAAGAUUUUUGUCGAGCAGCUUCUAAUAGUAUAAAUAUUCUAAGUUAAAUGAAUGUUUAUUUAGGAUCUUAAGACUUUAGUUAAAUUAACUUAGCUGAUACAAAUAUUUCUGGAUUAAGCUUUUUUGAGUGUUAUUUUAGCAAUUCUAUUUUUUAAAAUGUCAUAAUAAGCUCUUGUAAUUUUAAUGAAGCUGAUUUAUCUGAUAUCAAUUGGGAUGUAACAUGCAAAGAAAAACCUUAUUUAGUAGGUCCUAAAUAAUGUUACGACGCUCUAGCAAUUUCUCCAGAUGGCAAAUAUAUAGCAUCAGGAGGAAAGGAAGGAAUUGUAAAAUUAUGGAAUCCUCAAAAUUAUACUGCCAUCAAAGAUUUCAAUGGUUAAAGUUGUAUAACACAGCUCUAAUUUUCUUCUGAUUCCUAACUUCUUAUAUCUCUUAAUUCAGUAGGCACCAUAAUAUUUAGCAAUAUGAGAGACCUACAGUUUACUUAAAAAGAAGCAAUCAUUCCUGAUAAGAAUGGAAAAAUCAAAUAAUUUUAAUUGUCUUAAGAUUAUCAGUAAAUGUUUAUACUAACUUAAUCAGAAUUUAUUAUCAAGGACUUUGAUCAAUUAUUCCAAGUAGAAGAGAGCCAAUAUGAAUCAGAAAUAAUCAAAAAAAAUUUGGAAUCUCUAUAUGAGAGAUUUCCAAAUUUUGCAAAAUUAAAUGAAAACUUCAUUAUUGAUUUAACUUAAACAGAAAAAUACAUGGAUAAGAUUGAAAAAGAUACUAAAAAUAUAACUUUUAGUUAAGAUAGAAAUUAUAUGGCAACUCUUAAUGGUUUAUAGUAAAUAAAAAUUUGGGAACUUGAAACUAAUUUAUGCACCGUUAUUUAAACUGAUUAUAAUAUUUAUUCUAUAUAGUUUACUUCAGAUAGUAAAAGUCUUAUUAUGUAAGGAAGAAAGAUGAUUAGUUUUAGCGAAAUUAAUUCUCUUAAAAAUAAAAAAGAAAUUAUUAAAAAAAGUAAAUGUUAAGAGAUUUGUAUAUCUCCCAUUAAUAAUUAAAUUAUAGCAAUUGCCAUCGAAAAUGCGAUUGAAACAAUUAAUAUUUAAACUUAAAAUCUUUUAAAAAGGAGAGAAUUUGAAUUUUAACCAAGAAAAAUUAUCAUUUCUCUAGAUGGAUAAAGCAUAGCUUUAAUGUUGUUAUAAAACAAUUAUAAGAAUGUGUAGUUUUAAAUAUUAGAAUUCGAAACUCUUAAAACCAAAAUAAAUAUUGAGUGGGAUCCAAUCCGUUGGGUUUCUUAUUUUUUAUCAGAGGAUUUAAGUAGAAUGUUUAUAAGCUUGAAUAUCAACUCUGAUGAAUAUUUACACACACUAAAAACCUUUGAGUUAAAUCUAUAAAUAAUGAAUUAUAAAAGGCAAUCAUAAUUUAAAGAAUAUCUUAUAGCAGAUAUUUUUUGCAUCAAACCUAAAAGUCAGAUUAUAGCUUAUGUCUAAAAUGAAAAAAAGGGAAUCAUUCUUUUUAAUAUUGAAAAUUAAAAAUAAAUAGGAAACGAAUUGAGUAAUUAAGAGAAUUAAGUUGUUGCACUCUGUUUUUCUCCGACAUAAAAUAUUUUAGCUGCUUUUUAUUAAGAUUCUUAAGCUUAUUAAGUCCUAAUCUGGAAUUUAGAUACUUAAAAAGCCUCAAAUUUGGACAAUAAAAUGCUUAAAAAUGAAACAUUUUUACUUAGACCAUUAACAUCUUUAACUUUUUCUCCAAAUGGAAACAUACUCAUAGUUAGUUUUUUAUCUACACUUUAGAUAUAUAUUUUAAAAAGUGAAUCAUGGGUAUUUAAUAAAUCCUUAGAUAAUUACAAUAUUUCUGACAAUUAAAUUUAUUUUUCACUUGAUAGCAAAUUUUUGCCAAUUAUUGAUAGUAAUUAGUUUGUUUAUAUUUUGGAUGUUGAAGAUGAUUAUAAACAAAAAAAUAGCUUUGAAAUUAAAAAUACUUUUAAUAUGAUUUUCACUUUGGAUAAUAAUAUCCAAAUAUUUAUAACUGAUCAUUCAUUAAUUUUAUUUAAUAUUUCUACUAAAAAAAUUGAGAAAGAGAAGAAAUUUGAUCUAAAAAUUUCAUAGACAUCUGUUUCUUAAAAUAAAUGUGAAAUUGCUGUUGUCUUGUCUGAACAAUAGAGCUCUAUAAGCUCUAUAAUAUAAUUUUGGAGUUAUUAAAAUAAUGAUUUCGAACUUAUUGGAAGUAAAAUAUUUCUUGGUUAUAUAACUUACGUAUGUUUUAUUAAUAAUGAUAAAGAACUAUUAUUGUAAUGUUUAAACGAUGAUAAUGAAAAAAUAAUAGGUGUAUAUUAAAAAAGUCAAUUUAUAUACAAAAAUUUUCUAAAUGAAGGAUUUAAUUGUGGUACUUUUUCCAAGAGCAAUCAAUUAAUUGCAUUAGCAGUAAAUGCUAAAGCUAUUCAUAUUUUAACGAGUUAAUUAGAUUAUUUUAGUGAUAUUUCACUAAAUUAAACUGAUUAUCCUGACUUUGUUUUGUUCAUUUAAAAUGAUUAAAUACUUGUUUAAGGAAAUACAAAUGGGGUUUUUAAAUUUUGGAAUAUUAAGAAUAAUGAAUUAUUAGUAAGUUUUAAAAAAUCUAAUAUAUAGAAAAUAAAAUGGAUUUAAAACUAAUCUCUUCUAUUGUGUAUGGAAAAAGAAGGGAUACUUGAAAUAUAGCAGACAUCAUGCUUAGAGAGUGAGAAUCAAGAGGAUUAAAUUGUAAAUUAGUAAAAAAUUGAGUUGGGUGAAUAGAGUAAAAUUGAAUUUAAAAUAAUUGGUUAUUAUGAGAAUAUUAAUGAUUUCUCAAGUUCAUAGGAUGGUGAAAAUAUAAUUGGAAUAUUCAAUAAUUAAUAAAUUUUGAAUUUGAAUAGAUAUAACUUUGAAUUCUGCUCAUCAGAAGAUAUAAAGAAAAUAUAAUUAACUUUUUGUGGAAAAUUUCUAAUCAUUUUAACUACUAAUUAUAAUUUAAUAAUAUUAAAUAAAGAUUCAUAAUUUUAAAAACUGCACUAAAAAGAAUAAGUAUAUGAUUUUGAUCUUCAUCCUAAGAUGAAUUUAUUAGCAAUAAGUACGUAUGGUGUUAUUGAAUUGUUUAAAAUCUCAGAUAUAAAAAUGGAAGCCAUAUUUUCAAUAGAUUUAACUAUAGACUUUUUUUGGCCAUAAUAAGGAGAAUAACAGAAUUUAAAAUUUACUGAAAAUGGUUAAAUAUUAGUUUUUAUAGUUAAUUAAAGAGAUAUUCGUUGGUAUUAAGUAUAUGAAAGUAAAACUUUGAAAGCUUUGGGCUUUAAACCGUAUAAACCAUCGGAAAAAAUAUACUUAACCUAUAGUAAACAUUUAGCAUAUAUUUAAUUCAUUUAAAUUUAUUCAGGGUAUGGUGGCUAAAGAAUUAUUAAUAUUUUGAAUAUUGAGAAACAAAAUGCUCAAAUACCCUUUUCUAAUCAUCCUUAAUAAUUUUCUCUUAGCUAAGAUGAAUAAAUUGUUUACAUAUUAAGUUCCUAAGAAAUUUACAAAUUUGAUAUUUAAUAGAUGGUAACAAAAGAAAUUACAAAAAAUAAAAAUUAUUUCCAUAUUUAAGCAGCAGAUAAUAAUUCAUUAAUAGUAAUUAGGUAAUAAGAAAUGGAAAGUAUAAUUGAGUAUUGGAAUGAAUCUGGCAAUAGUGAAAUAGGUAAAAGUAAAAAUACAGUACUUGGAAGCAGCUUUUUUCCUUAAUAAUAGUUACUGGCCUUAACUUUUGAAAAAAAUCAAAUAAUUUAAUUAUGGAAUAUUAAAGCAAAGAAAAUAAUCAGCAAUCUUUAAGGACAUCGAUAGAAAAUUAAUUCUUUAGCUUUCUCAACUGAUGGUCUUAUUUUAGCAACUGCUAGUGAUGAUUAAUCUAUUCGCCUGUGGAAUAUUGAUUUUAAUGAAUAAAUUGAUCCCUCCGUUGGUCAUAGAGAGUAAGUUAGGAUUAUUGCUUUUUCUAAAGAUGGCUUUUUAAUUGCCUCGGGAAGCCAUGAUUAAACUAUAAUAUUAUGGGAUCUUUUAGAGAAGAAAUUUUUGAAUCAAUUAGAGGAUCAUUCAGGUAGUAUAAAUUGUCUUGAAUUUUCUUAUUGUUCUAAAUUUUUAUAUUCAGGAAGUGAGGAUAUGUCUGUUCGAAUUUGGGAUAUUGAGAAUCCCAGGUAAUCAAAAAUAAUUAAUAUCCUUAUUUAUGAUUUUCCUGUAACAUAAACCUGUUUAUCACCAAUCAAUCCUAACGUUAUUGCAAUCAAUUAUAAUAAUGCUUUAUAAUUUAUAAAUAAAGAAGAUAUUUAGGAAGCCUUUCCUUUUUUACCAAAAGCUAGUUGCUUAUGUUUCACAAAUAAUGAUGAUUUAAUUUAUUUAAUUGAAACUAAUGAAGAAUCCUAAUUAUUAAUUUACGAUAUAAAUAAUAAAAAAUCGCAGUUAAUCCAAAUGUAUAAAAAAUAAAAUUUCCCUCAAUAAAUUUUAUCUUUAAAAAAUAAUAAGGAACUUUUUGUAUUGAGAUAAUUGGAUGUUUAAGAAAAUAUUUCGCUACUUUAAUAAGAUUAAAAUAAUAAAUGGAUAAAUAAUCCUAAUUUAUCUCUCCCAAUAGCUUAAUAGAUAAUGUUAUCGCCAGAAAAAUAAACAUUAGUUUUGGAAAAUUCAACAACACUAACCUUUUGGAGAGUUGAAUUUUUAAAAGGAAAUAUUUUGUAUGAAUAUAAAGUACCUCAAAAUUUAAAAUUUUUAACGAUUUCAGUUGAUUGUACUUUAGCUUUGUUUUUAGAUGAAUAUUGUGAACAACAAAAUAAAUAGAAGAAUAUAAAAUUAAAAUUAGUUGAUCUAAAAAAUAAAAAUUUUGAUAAAUAUAGAAGUUUUGUAUGGGAAGUAAAGUUUUAAAAAUUAGAUGGUUAUUUUGAUGAUUUUUGUCUCUCAUUUGAUGUCAAGUAUUUAGUGGCAUAUGAAAAUUUCUAUUCCUAUUCAAAAGGAAAAACAAGAUCCAUCCUCCAUUAUUUGGAAUUAGAAAGGCCUGAAAAAAUUUAAAAAAUAUUGAAAGAGGAAAAUGAAUCUUAUUUAAUCACUUUUAGAUUUUCUACAGUUGAUUCUCAUUUUAUUUAUGCAGCAUAUAAAAAUGGUAAAAUUAUAGAAUGGAAUUUAUAAACAGGAGCUUCUAAAAUUCUCUUUAGUUAUUAAAAUUAAGAUAUUUUUAAUGUAUUUAACAACCUAUAAUUCUCCCCAUAAUUUAAUUACUUGGUUUUGAAGGAAAAAUAAAUAGGGUAUUUUUAAGAAAAAAUACAAUUAAAAUUGUAUGAUCGAAAACAAUAAAUUAAUAUAGAUAUUUUAUAAUGUAAAAAAGAUGUAAAUGUAAUUAAUUUCUCAGAGGAUGAAAGGUUAGUUGCUUUUUCAAAUAACGAAUAGUUGUGGCUCUGUAGUUUUUCUAAUUCUAAUUUAAUAGAACAAGAUAAAUUUUAAUUAGUUGAAAGAGAAUAUGCCCAAUAAAUUCGUUUCUAUUAAAACAUUUUAUUGUUAGCUUAGAAAAAAGAUAGUGAUCUUCUUUACAUUUUUGAAAUUUAGCCUAAUUUAAAAUUAAAAAUAAAAGAUUGCGUUUAAAUAAAAGUCAAAAUAAGUGAUUUUAACUAUAAUUUAGUUUAAUAAUAACUUAUUAUUUUUGGCGAAAAAUAAAUAAUUUUAUAUUAAAUUUAAAAUAGAAUAAUAGGAGAGCCAAUACAAUUUGAAAAUAAACCAAAGGAUGAAAUUAUAGAUCCAUCAAACUAAGUUUACUGUUUUUCUCCAGAUGAAGAAUAUUUUGCACUGUUAACUAAUAAUUCAUCUGAAAAAAAAUAACUGAGUUUAAGAAACACAAUAACAUUUGAAGAAAAAAUGUAACCUAUUGAAAUAGAAGGUCAUACUUUAGCUUUUUAGAAACUUAACGAAAAACUUCUCCUAGCCAUAUCAAACGAAAAUAAUUUGUCUUUUUUUUCAAUCAAAAAUAAUUUAGAAAAAGUUAAGACAUUUACAUUUGAAAAAAAAAUAUUGUCUUUUUAAUUAACAUCGCAAUAUCUUUUAAUAAAUUUUUCUACAAGAGUGUUAAAUGAAAUUGAAGAAAGUAUUUUGAUUUAUCAGAUAAAAAGCCUAGAAAAUAAUUUGAUUAAAUAAGAUAUUUUAAGAGGUAUAACAGGAAUUAUAUCAAAAAAUAAUAAAUAUUUAGCUUAUAUAAACAGAAAAAACACUAAAAUUUUAAAGAUGUAUAAUAAAAUUCAUUUUUAAACUGAAGGAUAAAACUAAAAAUUUAAUUUAAUUUCAUUCUCAUCUAAUGGAAAAUAUCUAGCACUAUAUAAAAAUGAAUAUGUAAAAUGCGAUUAAUAUUUUUACAGUUUACCAAAAGAAAUUACUAUUGUUUUAAUAAUUGACUCUGAAUCUUUGGAAAUCAAAUAAUCUUUACAAUAUGGAGAAAAAGUUACUUUUAUUGAUAUUUCUGUAAAUUGGAAAUAUAUUGCAUAUUAUAACGAUAAAAAUAUCUAAAUAGAUGAAAUAACAAAUUAUUUUGAAUUUAAAACAAGUAAAAAAUUACCAUUAACUGAAAAUGAUUAAUGUUCAGCAAUAUCUUUAUCAUCAAAAGGGAAUUAUCUUGUUUCUGGAAAUUGGAAUUAAGAAAAUAGUGAGAGUAAAAUAUUUUUAUGGGAUGUUAAUUAAAAUAAAUUAAUAGCUUAGAGUGGAAAUUUGGAUUCUUUAUUGAGCUAUAUAAAAUUCUGUCCUGAUGAUAUUACGUUUGCAGCAGCAUUAGAAAGUAGCCCUUUACAUUUAUACCAAAUAAAAAAAAGCGAUUAGGAAAUAAAAAUUUAAUGCUAUAAGUCGAUAGCUAGAUAUUCAACAAUAUUAGCUCACCAAUCUAUACUGUCUACGAAAUCUAAAGUAGAAAAAUCUUAAAAUUCAAUUAAAGAAUUAUUUAUUUAAAAAGGAGCCAUUUAAAAAAAUAAUUGA